CUAAGAAGUUAAAUGACUUGUUCAAGGUCACACAGAUAUUGGCUUACUAGCAUCUCAAGGAAACACAGCAACUAUAUGGGAAGUGAUGACUGAUUCUGUAUUGGACCCACAACAAAGGAACAGCAGUAAGGAAAUGGAUGGGCUAUGCCCUCAGCUGUUACUAGUGCCCCUACCUCUCCGUGACCGUGGUGUUCCAGGGCCAGUUCAGAGCAUUUCCUACUCUGAGACCCUCCCACCUCUGCCUACCAACUCAGACUGCCUGCUUGUGGAAGCCACAGCAACAGAGGGGAAUACAGGAAGCAUGGAAAUCUUUGUAGAAGCAGUCACUGGAGACUUAUCCCACAGUUCUCCUGGAGAGACACCAGGUGUUCUGGUGAAGGUGGUGAAGCUGUACUUUUGUGAGCGCUGUGAGCAGAGCUUUCCUGAGCCCACACUGCUGGGCCUGCACCAUUGUCCCAAGACCCUAUUGCAAUCCAAGGGCAAACUAUCUAGCCCCCAGCAAUCUACAGAAUUGAACCCUGGGAAUUCCAAUUUCCCCAAACCCCUACAGAGGCAAAGCCCACCAGAUGUGAAUCUCUUGCCAUGCCCAGUGUGUGGACAGGAAUUUGCCCACCCACAGGCACUUAAAAGCCACUUCAAGAGCCAUCAGGUCAUACCUGAGGCCUUCUCCUGCUCUGAGCCAGGAUGUGAGUUCUUGACUAGAGAACGAAAGGAGCUACAGGACCACCUACAACAGGCCCACAGUUUGGUCCCAGUGCCCUGCUCCUUUCGUGCCUGCCCCUUGCUCUUUGGAAGCCAGCAGGGCAUGGAACAACAUCGAUGUUCCCACUAUCCCUUCCAGUGCAGCAGCUGCAAUUAUAUGGGUUCUAAUGCCAAACUAUUCUGUCAGCACCAACGGAGCCACCUACCUGGGGCUCACAGGGAGCCAGCUUCUAGUCAGGAUCCCUCUUCUCAGGAGAUACAGCCAGCAACUGAGCAGUCUUUUAGUGAAGAGAACUCUUUGGAAGGAGCAGGCAGCUCCCUGCCUAGCAGAAAAUCAGUUGGAGAGGAGAAGGAACAAGAAGAAAAUGGAAGGGAUCUUCUUUCUCCUGAAGAGAAGGAAGAAGAAAAGAAAAAAGAAUAUGAGAGUGGGAGCAACAAAAAAGUCCAAAAGACACGAAAAGGGGCAUGGCAAUUCAAAGGAGAUGUGGCUGCUGGCUCUGAAUCAUUGUUCAAGACCCACAUGUGCCCUGAAUGCAAGCGUUGUUUCAAGAAGCGAACCCACCUGGUAGAACAUCUCCACCUGCACUUCCCGGACCCCAGCCUCCAGUGCCCCAACUGCCAGAAGUUCUUCACCAGUAAGAGCAAGCUCAAAAUUCAUUUGCUUCGGGAGCUGGGUGAGAAGGCCCACCGUUGUCCCCUGUGCCACUACCGGGCUGUGGAGAAGAAUGCUCUGAACCGGCACAUGGCGAGCAUGCACGAGGACAUCUCCAAUUUCUACUCAGACGUCUAUACGUGCCCUGUGUGCCGAGAGGAGUUCCGUCUGAGCCAGGCUCUCAAGGAGCACCUGAAGAGCCACGCUGUUGAGCCCACACGCCUGCACUGCUUUCAGGAGGGCUGUGGUCAUGCAGCACCUGACCGGAAGGCUUUUGUCCGGCACCUCAGGGAGGCACACGGGGUGCGAGCUGUGGAGUGCCGGCACCACUCCUGCCCCAUGCUCUUUGCAACAGCUGAGGCUAUGGAGGCCCACCGUAAGAGCCACUACGCAUUCCACUGUCCACACUGUGACUUUGCCUGUUCCAACAAGCACUUGUUCCGCAAGCACAAGAAGCAGGGACACCCUGGCAGUGAGGAGCUGCGCUGUGCCUUCUGUCCCUUUGCCACCUUCAACCCCGUGGCCUACCAAGACCAUGUAGGCAAGAUGCAUGCCCACGAGAAGAUCCACCAAUGUCCCGAGUGCAGCUUUGCCACUGCCCACAAGAGGGUGCUGAUCCGUCACACACUUCUCCACACUGGAGAGAAACCCCACAAGUGUGAGCUGUGCGACUUCACCUGCCGAGAUGUGAGCUACCUAUCCAAACACAUGCUGACCCACUCCAACACCAAGGACUAUAUGUGCACCGAGUGCGGCUACGUCACCAAGUGGAAGCACUACCUCAGUGUGCACAUGCGCAAGCACGCUGGUGACCUCAGGUAUCAGUGCAACCAGUGUUCCUAUCGCUGCCACCGGGCCGACCAGCUUAGCAGCCACAAGCUGCGCCAUCAGGGCAAGUCCCUAAUGUGUGAAGUGUGUGCAUUUGCCUGCAAGCGGAAAUAUGAACUGCAGAAGCACAUGGCCUCCCAGCACCGCCUUGGAGCCCCGGCCCCUCUCUACCCUUGUCGCUACUGCAGCUACCAGAGCCGCCACAAACAGGCACUGCUGAGCCAUGAGAACUGCAAGCAUACACGCUUGCGUGAAUUCCGCUGUGCUCUCUGUGACUACCGGACGUUCAGUAACACCACCCUCUUCUUCCACAAGCGCAAGGCCCAUGGCUAUGUGCCAGGGGACCAGGCCUGGCCGCAGCGAUCUGCUAGCCAAGAGCAGCAGGGCACUGAGCCAUGCCCAGCUCCCCCACCAGCCCCAGGGGUCUCAAGCCAGGCUUCUCCCCAGGAUGAGGAACGGUGCCCACAGCCCAUGGAGUCCUUCGAGCCCAGCUUUAACCAAGCAUUGUCAGGGAUUUGUGUGGACAAAGGAGAGGGAAAGGAGGAAGAAAAGGAUGCCCCCCAUGGGGAUAACUUUGUGAGACAGUCCCCCAGUCCUGCAGAAGUAGAUGAGGAUGGCUGUACCCUGCACCUGGAGGCACUGAGUGUUGAACUGGGCCCUGCUGCUGGGCUUCCCCCCAGUGAAGUGACAGACCCAUCCCCUGUGGGAUAUGAGGAUCUAGGCACCUCUGAAGCUUUGGGAUCAGAGGAGCCAGAUGGCCCAUUGGAGGGUCUGCCUGACUUUGAGGAAGAACCAGAGCUCCAGAACGGUGGUCAGUCUGGGAUAGCGGCUGUGGGGGAGCCGGGACAGGAAAAGCUACCUCCUGAUGCUCCUAGAGAUCUUGUAUCCUUGGAGGACACCCCAUAUAACUUACAGGGGGUCCCAUUGCCUGAAACACCAGCCCUGUCCCAAUUCCCACAGUCAGAGUCAGUGCUCAAAGCACUAAGAAGACGGGACAAAGAGCAGGCAGAGACCCUGGUGCUAGAGGGGCGAGUGCAGAUGCUAGUGGUGCAGGGGGAAGGACAAGCCUUCCGCUGUCCACACUGCCCUUUUGUCACUCGCCGUGAGAAGGCUUUGGGACUCCAUGCCAAGACUGGGUGCCAGGGUCGCCGGGAGCCCCUCCUUUGUUCAGAAUGUGGGGCUAGCUUCAAGCAGCAGCGUGGGCUUAACACCCACCUCCUCAAGAAGUGCCCCGUCCUGCUCAAAAAGAAUAAGCCUUUGCUCAAACCUACUUCUCCAGCCCUUUUAGACCCUCAGCCUACUGUUGCUGUAGCCUUGGAGAGCAUAACUGAGGGGACGCCACCCCCCACCACCUGGGAAAUUAAACUAGGGCCUGCCGAAAAUCCUCCCAACGAGCCUCCCCUGUCACCCCCCGGAGUAAAAGAGAGUGGGAGUCCGCCAUCUGACUCGUGCGCCCCAAUGGAAGGACAGCCUGCACCUGUGGAAGCCUCAGAAAAAUUCUACUUUGAGCAAGGGAAGUUCCACUGCCAUGCUUGCCCAUUCCUGUGUUCCCGCCGCUCCUCCAUUACCUCCCACGUGACCGAGGGCUGUCGGGGCCAAAGCCGGGGCAGCAAACGCGGCACCUGCCAGGCUGAGCCAGGCCUGAGCAGCAAUGACCCAGGCGAGCCAGGCCCAGCUGGGGAAGAUGGUGCCUCGGUGCCCCCAAAAGGGCCCCGGCUCUCCUGCCCCUCCUGCUCCUUCAGCUGUAGGCAGGAGCGGGCGCUGAGGACGCACCAGGCGCGGGGCUGCCCCGGUGCCGCGGAGCCUGGAGAGCUGCGCUGCAGCCUCUGCCCCUUCACAGCUCGGGCUGCAGCUGCUCUGAGGCUCCACCAGAGGCGACGGCACCGAGCGGCACCGGGGCUCUUGUCACCCCCUGGCCGUGGGCCCCGUCCCCUACUGCAGUGCCAGGAUUGCAGCUUCACCUGUAAGCAGAGCCGGUGCCUACAGCAGCAUCGGCGGCUCAAGCACGAGGGUGUGAAGCCCCACCAGUGCCCCUUCUGCGAGUUCUCGACCACCCGGCGCUACCGCCUGGAGGCACACCGGUCUCGGCACACGGGAGUGGGCCGCAUCCCUUGUGGGUCCUGCCCCCAGACUUUCGGCACCAACUCUAAGCUGCGCCUGCACCAGCUCAGAGUCCAUGAUAAGACACCCACACAUUUCUGCCCUCUCUGUGACUACAGUGGCUACCUACGGCACGACAUCACCCGACACAUCAACAGCUGCCACCAGGGCACGCCAGCCUUUGCCUGUCCCCAGUGCGAGGCACGCUUCAGUUCAGAGACGGCACUGAAGCAGCAUGCGCUGAGGCGGCACCCAGACCCUGCGCCCCUGGCUCCGGGCACACCCGCGGAGGCCUCCGAGGGUCCCCUGCCCUGUCCUCGCUGUGGUCUCUCCUGCCCCAGCCCCACCGCCCUGAGGUGCCACACUCGCAAGCAGCACCCCAGGCUAGAGUGCAGCACAUGCCACGAGGCCUUCUCUAGUCGGGGGGCCUUGGAGGAGCAUCGCAGGCGGCAGCACUUCAGCCAUCGCUGCCACCUGUGCAGCUUUGCAGCUCGGGAGCGGGCAGGGCUCGUGAGGCACUAUCUGGGACAGCAUGAGAAGACGGCGGCAGGGGAUGGGCCCACCCUGCGCUGCCCCUUCUGUGACUUUACCUGCCACCAUCAACCGGUUCUAGAUCACCAUGUGAAGGGGCAUGGGGGGACGAGAUUGUACCAGUGCACUGACUGUGCCUAUAGCACCAAGAACAGGCAGAAGAUCACUUGGCACAGCCGCAUCCACACUGGGGAGAAGCCAUACCGCUGUCAUCUCUGUCCUUAUGCUUGUGCUGACCCCUCUCGUCUCAAGUACCACAUGCGAAUCCACAAAGAAGAACGUAAAUACUUGUGUCCUGAGUGUGGCUACAAAUGCAAGUGGGUAAACCAGCUCAAAUAUCACAUGACUAAGCACACAGGAUUGAAACCGUACCAGUGCCCCGAGUGUGAGUAUUGUACAAACAGAGCAGAUGCACUCCGGGUACACCAGGAGACUCGGCAUCAGGAGGCCCGGGCAUUCAUGUGUGAGCAGUGUGGCAAGGCCUUCAAGACAAGGUUUCUGCUACGCACCCACCUUCGAAAACACAGUGAAGACAAGCCUUAUGUGUGCAAUGUGUGCCACCGUGCUUUCCGCUGGGCUGCCGGCCUUCGCCACCAUGCCCUUACCCAUACUGACCGCCACCCUUUCUUUUGCCGCCUCUGUAGCUAUAAGGCCAAGCAGAAGUUUCAGGUGGUCAAACAUGUUAGGAGGCACCACCCUGACCAGACUGACCCCAGCCAGAGUGUGGGCAAAGACCCUACUACCCCAACAGUGCAUCUUCACGACGUGCAACUUGAGGAUCCUGUGCCCCUAGCUCCUGCUGCACCUGAAGGUUGAGACAGACUUCUCAGAAGUCAUGGAUCAAGGACAAGGACUUGGACCAGAACCAGAUCCUGGUACCGAGGAGGGGCAAGGAAUUGCUGAAUUUGUCACAUCAGGGAGGCCGGACCUCUCCUAGGACUGGGUAUAGGGUACUAUGAAAUGUACACCUGUGUAAAAAAGACUGGAUCAGAGUAUGACUCUUAUUCCUACUUAGGGUGUUUUUAGACCUCAGGAUCCCUAAGAGUUUCCUCUAGAAAUCCUGAAUUCAGGGGUUCAGAUUUUAUUGAUUCUUUAAAGGCCUUUUCUUCUUACUUGUCAUGUCUUUCAGUAUUGCAUCAUCAUCAGGACAUCUUUAUUAAGCAUCUAAUGGCAUAUACUUUGUACAAAGCAACUUAAAACGGGAUGUGAUCUCUAGCUUCAGAUUCAUGUCUGUCUUUUUCUUAAUAUACCUUAACCAGGCUGGCACUUUAUUCUGCCCUUCCUUCUUGGACUGUUCUCUGAAACCUUUCCAUUUUAGGGUCAGAUACAAGACUAAUGCAAGCCUUCACUCUCAUCCUUGUUCCUAUUCCUUGGGUCCCUACAUUAGUCUCAAGCCUCACCCCAGCUCUGAGAAAGGCUCAGAUAAAGGAGGUUUUAGCAAGAGGAGAGUCCUAAAACAGCUAAACAGUUGUAUUUCCUCUUUUUUCAUAGGAAUCCCCAGCUCUGAGACACACCCAGAAGCUGACCAGCAGCUUUCAGGAGCUGAAGGGCAAAGACCCUGUUGGGGAAAGAGGGCUCUGGAGGUGACAGCCCCUCCAGGGCCUCCCUCCAUGAUCCAGGAGCCUUAGGUGAGAUCUGGCUUCAGGCCUUUUGCAUUUUUCUUUCCUUACCCUUCUUUGCCAUCCACCCCACCAGGGACUUUUCUGCUUCUUAUUCAGCAGCUUUGUUCCCUUUAUCUUACCUUCUGCCCCCAACUCCUGGCAAAGCUGGCCUCUGCCUUUCCUUUUUGCUCAGGCCUUUUUGCCUUUGCACAUCUCUCUACUCUGAAACAAGGAUGAGCCACACUCUAGACUGAAUCAGGAUAGGAGCUGCAUUUUGUCCAGGCAGGCCUAGGAAGAAGACUUAACGGGAUGUCCAAGAGAGGAAUUGCAUGUUGCUCUUCAGAGGUCAGACACAGUGAAGCUCAGGGUGGAUGGUCUGGCUGUCCCACAGGCCCUGCCUGGAGUCCUGGCUUCUUUCCCUUAGUGCCAUACUUAUGGCAAAGGAUGCAUGGCUCUGCCUGGAAACUCCUGGCACUCCUUUGGGGUUCCUCAUCCCUAGGCUUCCUCUUCAUUUCUGCAGUAGCCUUUGGCCCAGUAUGGGAGUGAGAGUUCUGGGCCUGGUUCAGGGCAGAGACCACAGCAAAAAGAGCAGCUUCCAGGGAGAGCUGGAGGAUGGAGCAGAAAGCAGGAAAGAUGCAAAAGGCUUGAGGAAG